GGGACACCGGGCAGGGGGAAAGGCGCGGCCGGAGCAGCGGCCUUAGCGGGAGCUGGGUCACCGGGCGCCCCUGGCCCCAGGAGCAGAGCCGCAGGCUCUCGGAAGCCCGGCGGCGCGAGGGAGCGGGUCCAGGGUUCUUUUGUGGAAUUAUCCUUUGGAAUGAUAUUUUCAUUAUGAGUCAACAAGGUUAUGUGGCUACGCCCCCCUAUUCUCAGUCUCAGCCUGGAAUAGGACUUUCCCCACCUCAUUAUGGGCACUAUGGUGACCCAUCGCAUGCAGCUUCUCCGCCAGGUAUGAUGAAGCCAACUGGGCCCUUGGGGACUGCUACCCCUGGGGGGAUGUUGCCUCCAGGCCCUCCACCUCCGGGAACCCAUCAGUUUGGCCAGAAUGGUGCUCAUGCCUCUGGGCAUCCACCCCAAAGAUUUCCAGGCCCUCCACCAGUCAACAACGCAGCACCCGCCUAUGUACCAUACUCAUCCUCUACACAGUCGGCUUAUCCAAGUCCUGUGUCCACUUCAUCCGUCACCCACCUGGGCAAUCAGCUCAAUGCUAUGCAAAUUAACAACUAUGGUUCGGGUAUGGGCCCCCCCAGCCAGGGCCCCCCUGGCCCUCCAUCAGCAGCACCAUUCCAGGGUCCUCCUCAACCUCCACAGCCGUCCAUUUUGCAGCCUGGAUCUCAGGUUCUUCCACCACCACCCACUGCACUAAAUGGCCCUGGUCCCUCACCUUUGUCUCUAAACAGGCCAGAUGGGCUUCCUGGGCCCACUCCUCCGAAUGCCCAGUACCAGCCCCCACCUCUUCCGGGACAGACCCUGGGCGCUGGAUAUCCUCCUCAGCAGGCAGCCAGCUAUGGUCCUCAGAUGGCAGGUGCCCAGCUCUCCUACCCAGGAGGCUUCCCAGGAGGUCCUGCACAGAUGGCUGGUCCGCCCCAGCCCCAGAAGAAGCUAGAUCCUGACUCUAUUCCCAGUCCAAUCCAAGUGAUUGAGAAUGAUAGAGCCACCAGAGGGGGACAAGUUUAUGCCACCAACACCAGAGGCCAGGUUCCUCCCCUGGUCACUACAGAUUGUGUGAUACAAGACCAAGGCAAUGCUAGUCCUCGAUACAUCCGUUGCACAACAUACUGUUUCCCGUGCACGUCGGAUAUGGCUAAGCAAGCUCAGAUCCCAUUAGCUGCUGUCAUCAAACCCUUUGCCACAAUUCCUUCAAAUGAGACUCCCCUUUACCUAGUAAAUCAUGGCGAGAAUGGACCAGUCAGAUGCAACAGGUGCAAAGCCUACAUGUGCCCGUUUAUGCAGUUCAUUGAAGGAGGAAGGAGGUAUCAGUGUGGAUUUUGCAGCUGUGUGAAUGACGUUCCACCAUUCUAUUUCCAACAUCUGGACCACAUCGGGAGAAGACUGGACCACUAUGAGAAGCCAGAGCUGUCUUUAGGAUCUUAUGAAUAUGUUGCUACUUUGGAUUACUGCAGAAAAAAUAAGCCUCCCAACCCACCAGCCUUUAUCUUCAUGAUUGAUGUUUCAUAUAGUAACAUAAAGAAUGGUCUUGUGAAACUCAUAUGUGAAGAACUGAAGACUGUGCUGGGAAAACUUCCAAAGGAAGAGCAAGAAGAGACUUCAGCGAUUCGAGUUGGCUUUAUCACAUAUAACAAAGUUCUCCAUUUCUUUAAUGUAAAGAGCAAUUUGGCCCAGCCUCAGAUGAUGGUGGUGACUGAUGUUGGAGAAGUCUUUGUUCCUUUGUUAGAUGGUUUCCUUGUCAACUAUCAAGAAUCCCAAUCUGUGAUUCACAAUUUAUUGGACCAGAUUCCAGAGAUGUUUGCAGACUCCAAUGAAAAUGAGACUGUCUUUGCUCCUGUCAUCCAGGCUGGUAUGGAAGCACUGAAGGCAGCGGACUGUCCUGGGAAGCUGUUCCUCUUCCAUUCCUCCUUGCCAACUGCGGAAGCACCAGGGAAGCUCAGAAACAGAGAUGACAAAAAGCUGGUUAACACGGACAAAGAAAAGAUUCUUUUCCAGCCCCAGACAAAUGUCUAUGAAUCUCUGGCCAAGGACUGCGUGGCUCACAGCUGCUCUGUGACUCUCUUCCUCUUUCCUAGUCAGUACGUGGAUGUGGCCUCUUUGGGUCUUGUUCCUCAGCUCACUGGAGGAACCCUGUACAAAUACAACAAUUUCCAGAUGCCCUUGGAUAGCCAACAAUUUUUGAACGACCUUAGAAAUGAUAUUGAAAAGAAAAUAGGAUUUGAUGCUAUUAUGAGAGUUCGAACCAGCACAGGUUUCAGAGCCACUGAUUUCUUUGGCGGUGUUUUUAUGAACAACACCACUGACGUAGAAAUGGCAGCCAUCGACUGUGACAAGGCAGUAACCGUAGAGUUCAAGCAUGACGACAAACUCGGGGAAGACAGUGGGGCCUUGAUCCAGUGUGCUGUGCUUUACACAACCAUCAGUGGCCAGAGAAGACUUCGGAUUCACAAUCUUGGUUUAAACUGCAGCUCCCAGCUAGCUGAUCUCUAUAAGAGCUGUGAGACAGAUGCUCUGAUCAACUUCUUUGCCAAGUCAGCUUUUAAAGCAGUUCUGCACCAGCCCUUGAAGGUCAUCCGGGAAAUUCUGGUUAAUCAGACUGCCCAUAUGUUAGCAUGUUACCGAAAGAAUUGUGCAAGCCCAUCUGCAGCGAGCCAGCUUAUUCUACCAGAUUCCAUGAAAGUAUUGCCAGUGUACAUGAAUUGUUUGUUAAAAAGCUGUGUGCUGCUCAGCAGACCGGAGAUCUCAACAGAUGAGCGGACAUUUCAGAGACAGCUGGUCAUGACCAUGGAUGUGGCUGACUCUCAGCUUUUCUUCUACCCACAACUUCUGCCAAUUCACACAUUAGAUGUCAAGAGUACAACUUUACCUGCUGCUGUUCGUUGCUCUGAGUCCCGUCUUUCAGAAGAAGGAAUAUUCCUCCUGGCUAAUGGUCUAAAUAUGUUCUUAUGGUUGGGAGUAAGUAGCCCACCAGAAGUGAUCCAAGGAAUAUUUAAUGUGCCGUCUUUUGCACAUGUCAACACAGAUAUGACUUUACUGCCUGAGGUGGGAAGCCCAUACUCUCAGAAACUCAAAAUGAUAAUGAAUAUUAUCCAACAGAAGAGGCCAUAUUCAAUGAAGCUCACGAUAGCAAAGCAGCGAGAGCAGCCCGAAAUGGUUUUCCGACAGUUUCUGGUAGAAGACAAAGGACUUUAUGGAGGAUCGUCUUAUGUGGAUUUCCUUUGUUGUGUUCACAAGGAGAUCUGCCAGCUGCUCAAUUAAUUGAACCUUCUCUAUUGUUGGUGUUGCAUUUUGAGGAGAUAAUCUCCUUCUCGGUGCCUGAUUCUCCAGAUGAUAACAAGCUAGUUUUGAUUUUUUGCUCACUUUCAGGAUAGCUUUCCAAGACGGCAUUUAGAACUGCAGCUUUGGUGCUCAGGUAUGAAGCCAAUGAAGGUACAGUUGUAUCUUAAAGGGAACAGUCUAUUUCUGAUUGCACAAUUUUUAACUUUUAAAACUGAUGCAGUUUGCAUUUCAUAGAAGACAUAGUUUACAGAACUGUAAACAUUCUCACUUUUUUUUCUUUGUGUUAGACAUAAAUUAUUUUUCAAAAUGUAUAGAUUUGGAGUAAAAAGUUGUCUUUGUUUCUCUCCCAUUUUCAGUGAGAAUAAAACACAAAAAUUAAUUUUUACAUUAUACCUAUUUUUUUUAAACCAUGUAAUACCAUUGAACACAUUUUUCAACUUAAGGUUUCCAUAGCAGACUUUUAAUAACCUGGAAUCUAUCUGGUAGAACCAUCUGUGUUCUACAUUUUUUUUUUCAUAAUUAUAUGUUGUGUAUGUUUAAACAAUUUUCUAGUUGUUUUGUCUAUAAAACUAUCAAUAUUCUGAAUUGUUCUUUGUACAAUUUUGAAGGUUUCUACCUGUAUAUAGUAGAUCUUAACCAGUAUCAGUAAAUCACUUAAUAUGGUCUUACUAGGAGAUAAUAUUACUCAUUUUUUUUUUAAUGUGUUUUGGGAUUUUGAAAAGAAAUAAAGAGUAGUACUCUAAGUGUCUUGGCCAAAAGUUGUUUGGAUGGGAUCACUGAGAACAAAUCAGGAAAAUUAAUUUUUUUUUCCUGAAGGUUGGGUAGUCUUAGGUAAUAAGUAAAUCAAGGAAAUACCGGAGACUGUGUACUUGAGGCAGGCAUUUAAAAAGUUCUCUAAUUAUGUCUUUGUGGACAAGGUAAAUGGAAACAAGCUACAUGAGAUCAUCAAGUGAUCAUUAUUAAUGGAUAUAAACCUAUCACCACACCACCCAUUGCUGCCCAGACAACCCUGAUUCAUAGCUACCCUACAGGACAGAGUAGAACUGUCCCAUAGGGUUUCCAAGGUUUAAUCUUUAUAGAAGCAGACUGCCACAUCUUUCUCCUGCAGAGCAGCUGAUGUUGUUCGAACCACCAACCUUUCUGUUAGCAGCUGAGCACUUAACCACUGCAUCACCAGGGCCCCUUGGAUAUAAACCUAGGAGGGUGGUUAUGAGUGGUGUAACACAGGCACCUGUCCUGUAUCUGCCUUGUUCAGUCCUUGUUCAACUUUGUUAUCACUGAUUUGAAUAAAAACUAAAUAUGUAAAGUAGAUUCAGUACAUACCAGGUCCCAAGAACGGCACUAAUGCUUUGUGAAUAUUUGCACAUUUUUUCUCCUCAGCAACCCUAAUCCUAUUAUCAGCCUCAUCUUACACACGAAAAAAACAGGCUUGAAGCGAUUAAGUACCUUGUUUUUGAUUACGUGGCUAGAAAAAAAAAAAAAGGUGUGUUUAUUAAAUUAGUAAAUGUCAUGAAAUUGAGUAGAAUAACAAAUAUACUUACAGGCUUAAAAUCCCGUCCACAUGUUACCCAACUGGCAUGAUGUUUCACAGUGACUUGGAGAAGUUUAACAAGAAGAAAUAAAAUCCUAGACCUGGAUCCAAAAACCAAAUGUAUAUGCAGGGGUGAAGGAAGUCCUUGGAGACAACAACUGUCUUAGGCGGGGUACUCUAGAGAAGCAAAACCAGUAAAGCCUGGAAAUACACAUAGAGAUUUACAUCAAGGAAACGGCCCAUGCGAUUGUAGAGGCUGGAACGUCCCAAGUUUGUGGAUCUGGAUAGAGGCUUCUCUCAAUUCACAUAGCUGCAGGGACUGGCGAAACCAAGAUUGGCAGGUCUGAGAGCAGGGCUUCAGCUCUCAGGCUGUGAAGUUCGAUGAAUCCCAGGAUCUGCAGAUAAGCUGAUAGCUCAAGUCCCAAGAGCCGGAGGUCAGACGAACAGGAGGCAGCCACAGGAUCCAGAAGAAAAAGAUUCAGAGUGAGCAAAAAGCCCGAAUGUCUGCUUAUAUUUGGAUGCACACCCCCAAGGAAACUCCCUUUCAACUGAUUGGCUACUUGCAGCAGAUUCCAUCAUGGGAGUGAUCACAUAUAAACACUGAGACUCAUGGCCCAGUCAAGUUGACACACAGUAUUAGCCAUCACGACAACCAAACGGUUGGCAUCAAGUUGAUUCCCACUCUUGUCGAGCCCACGUGUGUCAGAGUAGAACUGUGUGUUUUCGGAUGUAGAUCACUGGCCUUUCUUUCCAGGUGCUUCUGGGUAGACUUGAAAUUCUAACCUUUUGAUUAGCAGCUGAGUGUGUUAAUUGUUUGCACCACCUAGGGACUCCUACUUGGGCAAAACGCAUAUUAAAAAGAGCCUAGGAGGUUUGUUACUGUGAAUCAGUAGUGGGAUGAAAGCAAAUGUAAUCUCAAGCUGCUUUAUUAUGAAGUUAGCACGUCAAAUGAGUAUAGCAGUGGUCCCAUUCUUCUCUCAGGGGGCGACCACACCCAGGUGAGUGUUCAUCUCUAGACGCCAUCUUCCAAGUGGAAUAGAGGCACAGAACAUGCUCCUUUAUUCACUUGAAGGUAGCCUAAUAGUGUUCUGAAACAAUAAAUAGAAGGGGCAAGGUGCCACUCAAUUGAAAGAAGAAGUUUCUGAGUAAUUAGGAGCUCAACAGAGAAUAUGAUAUACCAUUCUAGGAGGUAGUAUUUUCAUUCAACAAACAUUUAUUGCCACCGUAUGUGUGUCAGGUGCUAUGCCCUCUACUGGGGGGACACACAACAAUGGGUGGCACAAACAGGUCCCUGCCAUCUCCAAAAUUACAAUAAGGCUUUACAAGUGCUAUGAAAUGCUGCGGUGAGCACAUAGCAGGGAUGUCUGACCUAGUCUAGUUGGAGACAGGGUGUAGUCAGUAGAGAUUUCCCAGAGGAAACCAUAUUGAAGCUGAGGACUGAAAAAAGUAGUAGUCAUUAGCCAGGUAACUAGAGGUACCGGUAAAUCCUCCAGCAGAGUGAAAAAAUACCCAUGAAGGCCCAGAGUGGGAGAGAACAUGGAUUACCCUUUCAAUAAACUUACCAGAACUUACUAAUAAGAGCCUAAGUGGCAAAAGAUAAGCUGGAGGGCUGGGUAUGGUGAGUCCUGGUCAAAGGGGAGUUUAAACUUAAUCCUAAUGGCAAAGUGAAGAUAUUCAAAGUUAUUUAAGCAACAGAGUGGCAUGACUACUAUUCAGAAGAUCAGGGUUGUAAGGUGGCAGAACCAGAAGCAGAGAGACCAUUAAAAGGUUAUCAGAGUGAUCAUCCUAGUUCAUGGUGACCAGAGCUAAAAUAAUGGUAUUUGGUGGGAAGGUGAAGUUAGAGAAAAGAAAGUGUCAGAAAAUGAAAAUGACACCCAGUUUUCUGCUUUGGACAGACGGGUAGACAGUGAGGCCAUUCUCUAAAAGAGGGAACACAGUAGAAGCAGAUUGUGCAUGUGGGUGUGUGUGCAUGUGUCUGCACACAUGUGGAAUAGGUAGAAGUAAAAUGUUCUGUUCAAAUUUGUACACGUUGAGAUGGCUUGCAACAUAUCCAAGUGAGAUAAACAACAGCACCUAAAAAUAUGGUUCUGAGGCUCAAGAGAAAGUUCUAGGCUAGAGACAUGAAGUCAUCUACAUAUAGAGACAGGAGCCACACAGCAAAUGAAAUAACCUAGGGCAACUAUGUAAGUGAGAAGGCAGAAGAUCCCUGAGGCAGAUAGCGAAACAGAAACCUACAAAGGAGUCUGGGAAGGAAGGGCCAGAGAAGUAAGAGGGAAAACUUGGCAAGAGGGUGUCAAGCCAUGGAGAGAGUGGUCAGCUACAGGCUUCCGAGAGGUGCGUUAAAGACUCAAAUGUAUGUUGGAAUAAGUGAAAAAGUCACAGGGACUUCAGUGAGAGCAGUUCCACAGAAUCAGUGAGGAUGGGUGCACUAGAUUGGAAUAGGUUGAGGAAGGGGAGUCAAAGCAACUCAAGAAGGGGAUGAGGGGUUUAAAGAUGGAGUGGAGAGUUUUGGGUUUUAAGACAGGCAGGGAUUUGAUAUUUACAUGCUGAUGGAAAGAAGCCAGUAUUAUGCUGGAAAAAAAAAGUGAGAAUACUGUACUCAAAAGAAUGUUGAAGAUUGAAGACAAAAAUACUCAAACAAGCAAGACCCUUGGAAGACAGAAGGGAAUAUAACACAGAACACAAAUAGAGAGAUUAGCUUUCAGUGGUAGGAGAAACCCAAUAUGUAAUGGAUAACCACUUGCCACAAUGGUGUACGUGCUGGUUGGGUGUUCUGAAAUAGUACUCCCCAAAGACCUUAAGAGGUGGUAGAGUGUAACGGCGAAGAACACAAGCUCUGGAACAAUUACCUGGGUUUCUACACUAGCUCUCACUACUAGCUGUGUGAUCUAGGGCAAAUCUGAAACCUUUCUGUGCCUCUGUGUCCUACUUGGUUGUUCCAAGGAUUAAGUUAAUAUAUGUAAAUGGCUUAGAAUAGUGCCUGACAGAUUAAAUAGCACUUACUAGUGCUAUUUAAGUGUUCUUUGCUGUUAUUGUUUUUAAUUGAACUUGCUAAGGAUCAUGAAAAUUAAGACUAUAAUCUAACUCCUAAUAGUAUUUGCUGCUAUGCCUUGAGUAUCUUGACUGACAUCCUCAAACCAAGCUACUAUCUUUCAAUUCUACAGAAAUGUCAGUGCCAAUUAACAGAUAGUUUCAAAGAUAAAAAUAAAUUUAUCAAUAUAAGAAAACUGUAGCCUAAGCUGCUUGAGUGUUAAAAACCUCAGUAAUACAUAAAGCAAAGGCAAUUUGCGUUUUGAAUGUUUAGGAACCAUUAUGAAAAAAUAAAAGGCGUUCGCUCAAGAAGACACAACUUGGAGGAAUGUUACUGAGUGCUACCUCCUUCACUUCCUGCCAGUCUAAACCUGAUAUAAAAUGAGAAUAGUUAGAAAUGGUCUGUUAAUAUAUAUAUAUAUAUUUAAUGUUCAGCAAAUUGGAAACUCAUGUUUCUCUGUUAAUAAAAUAAUGAAAAGCAAAGAUCAAAUUUUAGAUGAGCGUUUUCUGAUGUGGAAAGGUAAUCUGAAGUAGUGCUUCAGUCCCACUAGGAGGCAUUACACACUAAAGUGUCUGAAACCUUCCAGAAAGCUUCAAGUCAGAAAUCUUCCAGAAAAGGCAGAUCUUGGUGGUUAAGAGCUACAGCGCCUAACCAGAAGGUCGGCAGUUCGAACCCACCAGGUGCUCUUUGGAAAUUCUAUGGGGCAGUUCUACUCUGUCCUAUAGGGUCACUAUGAGUCGGAAUCAACUUGAUGGCAACGGCUAUGGUUUUUUGGUUUUAGGGGGUAGGGGACCUAUGCAAAACUUAGCACUGAAAACACAAGAUUUAAUACUGAUGAUUCUGGAUAAAAAGAGAAACAAAAAUCUUGGCUGGAAGAGAACAAAUCCCUAGUCAUCAUCUCUAAUGCAUGUUUCUCUGGCCUCUGCUUGAGAACGUGAUGAGCUCACUCCCUCCCAGACAGCCAUUUAGCAACACUUCGGUUUGCCAGAAAAUUGUAUUUAGCAGAUUGUUUUCCCUGAAACUCCCUGCAAGCUCUCCUCCACCUAAUGAGGAGUUCUCAGAUAUUUCGGAGGCUGUCACAUCUCCCGAUUGUAUCUCUUGUCCAAACCAAACUCCAAUUCCCAAAACACUUUCCUCACAAACAGGAUUUCUAUAGCCAUUGUCAUCCAAACAUAACACAGGAAAAUCCAGUUCUAAAUCACAUAAAGAAAAACUCCAUUUUGGGAGACAGGAUAAGUGUCUAGUUAAGGAAACCAUCAAUAAAACAAUAGUAACUGUACGUGCAGUCUCAAGAGUUUUCUAAGAAGUUUUAAAGUAUCCAUUUUUAUUUUGGUUUUUUAAAAAUACUUUACCAGUUAUGAAUAAAACUUUUUCAGUAAUAAUUUGAAAUUGUAAGAUCUUGUAGAGAAUACGACUUUAGUUUAAGUCAGUGUUUUUAAAACUGAGGUUUUCCUGGGGUCCAUAGAAAACUCACUUUAAAUACGUAUCAUUCACGCUUGAAAAUAGUUUCCGAAUGCCCCAGGAUUUGGGUUGACGGUUCGCCACCAUCGCCGGUUUGAGUGGGGUCAGUCUGGGCUCGUGGCAACCCCAGGUCUCAGAGGAGAGCUGCGCUCCGCGGGGUUUUCACUGGCGGAUUAUUCCCACGUAGGUCAGCAGGCCUUUCUCCCGAGAUGCCUCUGGGUGAACUCAAACCUCCAGUCUUUUGGGUAGCGUUCAACUAGCCCGAUUGCACCACCCACAGACUGGAGGUUAAUAAUCAAUAUUUCGAGGGCCAAAUGUGCCUAAGUGGCAAAAAGUUCACAUUUAUGAAUUAGGAGAAAUUAGAUUUAGCAGAUAUGAAUCUGUAACAAACUCUGGUGUGCAAAAAAAAAAUCGUAUUUUGGAAUCUGAAUUUCUGUCCCUACAUGACUGACACGAUGUUUGAUUUAUAGUGAUGACUCUUGUCAGAGUCCCCCAUGGUCUCCUGGUUCUGUGUGGCACUUGGGAGAAUAUGAAUCUACAGUCUGAGAACUUAGGCUUUCCCAGUUGCACUCAGCUAUAUUUCAGUGAGGUCAUCCCUGCCGGAAGCAUUACUUGCCAAUCAACAGCAGUUUCCUAAGACUCCAGGCUCUACCCUAUACCCACCCUCCACUGUCCUGUCCCCUCCUCGCUCUCAGGGCAAUCUACUCUCCCUUAGGUCCACCAUUACUUGUAAGAAUAGUGCACUCUUAUUUUUUACCUAGGCUAUCAUUAAACAAGGUGAAACCGAUGUGGUUAAAUCGCUUUCCUUAUUUUAAUAGGUUGCAUUUUGCAGAAAAGUGCUUAAAAAUUUAUGUCCUGAGGAAAGUCGGGUUCCUUUAGAGUCACCCCAGAGGAAGCUGACUGUUCAAUACCACUGAUAAAUGAUGACUCAGUGGAAAUUACUUGGUUUCCUGAACCUCAAAGAAUAAUAUUCUUAUUCAGAGAAAAAAAAAAAUCUGAUUUAAUAGAAAAACAGCCAUCUUAUGCAGCAAGAAAGCAUCAGUAGAAGGGCAAAGAACUCAAAAGAGGGCAUUAAAAAUCCUUAGGGAAUUACUAAUCAAGCAAGGGAGUAAGGGAAUAUCUAUUAAGCUCCUACUACAGUAAAACCUGUGAAAGCCAGAAACUGUAAAGCAGAAACCAGCCAGAAAAGGAAAACGCAAAUAUUCUCCACUAAAAUGAGCAAUAGAAAAGUGAGAAGUUUGCACCCUGUCAAAGGUGGAAAACUUGUGAGACCCGGAAGCACAAAGCAGUCCCCAUCAAGUUCUGGCUGUCAUAGGUUUCACUGUAUAUGCCAUACAUUAGAAGCAUGCCACUGCCUUUAUGAGGUGAAUGACAAAGACUAAGUCCUAAGAGCCCAGGCACCCAUGUAAUAAGCUCAGGACUAUAUUAGUAGGCACGAGCAGGAUUCACAUGGAAUGGCAAGCCUUUCCUUGAGCAAGGAUAAAUGAAAGCAGGGAAAAGUGAAAAUCUUGCUCGAGGAGGUUCUCAUGCCAUCCUGAUCCAGUGUCUUGUCAAUAGCAGCUCAGGAAGGUGAGGCUUGAGGAUUUGGGAGUUGUUGACUGACAAGCUUAUAUUUAUGCUUCUUGUUGUUGUUCAAAAGGUCCCUGGGUGGCACAAAUGGUUUGCUCUUGACUACUAACCUAAAGGUUGGCGGUUCAAACCCGCCCAGCAGCAUCUUAGAAGAAAGGCCCGGCAAUCUGCUUCUGUAAAGAUUAAAGCCAAGAAAAUCCUAUGAAGCAGUUCUACUAUGUAACACAUGGAGUUGCCAUGAGUCGGAAUCAACUCUACAGCACUGGGUUUGGUUUAUCUGGCUGCCAUUGUUGGCUGCCAUCAAGCCAGCCUGACUCGUGGUGACCCCAUGCACAGCUGAAUGAAAGGCUGCACAGUCCUGUGCCAUCCCCAUGAUGGCUGCAGAUCAAAACAUUGUGAUCUAUAGGGUUUUCAUUGGCUCAUUUUCAGAAGUAGAUUGCCAGAUCUUUCUCCUUAGUCCAUCUUAGUCUGGCUCCACUUAAACUUGUCCAGCAUCAUAGCAACAUGCAAGCCUCCACCGAGACGGGUGAUGGCUGUGUGUGAAGUGCAUUGACUAGGAAUCAAACCUGGGCCUCCCACAUGGAAGGUGAGAAUUCUACCACGGAAGCACCACUGCCCCCCACAUUUAUAUCUUCUUGAAUUUUGCACUGGAAUUAUUUUUAUUAGUAUUCUCCUUAAUCAUGCUUAUAUGCAUUUACAUUUUUUAAUUAGACAUAAUAGAAAAUUAAACUAUAAUCUUGAACUCCCAUUUACCAUGCAGAUUUAAGCCUAGCUUCUUAAAAAAAAAAAAAUUUUUUUUUUUUUUUUUAGACAAGGCCAAAUUGUAGCUUGGAGUCCCUAAAGGUUGGUAGUUCAAAUCCACCCAGAGGCAUAUCAGAAGGCCUGGCAAUCUGCUUCCGAAAGGUCACCACCAUGAAAACCCUAUGGAGCACAGUUCUCUGAAAUACACGGGGUCGCCAUGAGUCAGAAAAGACUCAAGGGCAAGUUUGGUUCAUUUUUAUUUUUCAGGUUUACCAUAGCUUACCUUAAUCAUGAGCAAUACUCUUACCUAAAAAACACUUGACUAACUGUGAAAGCAUAUACCUACCCAGCAGUUGUCUUGGAAAGCGUCAACCUAUAAAAUGGCAGAAACUCCACAAGACAUUUAACCAAUUACCUUGGAAGUUUAACCAGCAGAAACUGUUAAACUGGGUAUCUCUGAACAAUAUCGUGUUUAAUUUUUACUAUUUGUCCUUUGCUUUCAAAAUGACAAAGAAAAAUGGGUUGGAGAGGGAUGCUGGUGAGGAGUGAGCUUCUUGGAUCAGGUGGACACUUGAGACUAUGUUGGCAUCUCCUGCCCGGAAGAGAGAGGAGAAGGUGGAGGGGGUUAGAAGCUGGCGAAAUGGACACAAAAAGAGAGAGUGGAGGGAGAGAGCAGGCUGUCUCAUCAGGGGGAGAGUAACUGGGAGUGUGUAGCAAGGUGUAUAUGGGUUUUUGUGUGAGAGACUGACUUGAUUUGUAAACUUUCACUUAAAGCACAAUAAAAAUUAUUUAAAAAAAAAUGACGAAGAAAAACCUGAAAAAGCAGGCUAGGUAGUCAUUCUCAUAUGAACAUUAACUAUUAUAAACUAAAAAUGUGGGCAGGUGUCGGAUUCUACAGAAGGUGUGCUAGGCCACAAUACAGGCCUGCAUGUCUACAUAUUUCAGUCAUAUCAUGUAUGCAAUUUUGAAAGUAUUCAUCCACAUCUUCAACCAUAUUUGUUCUAAAUUCUGCCAACCAUCUUCUUUCAAAGGUGAUGGCUUCCUGUUCCAAGCUUUUUUCCCCUUCUUCAUUUAGUAAUGUUGGUUACAUAGUAUUUGUUUAGUUAUCACUGAGUCCGCUAGAUGCAUUUAGAGGCCGGAAUUUAAAAUAUGCAUGAGAUAUUUAGGUAGCCAAAAUUAAUUUUAAGAAAUUUUAGUUCUGAAUUGAAAGGAAAAUGUAAGCAAAGCAAGCAGAUUAUUUUAAUUGUCAACAUCUAAAAUUUAGGGCAACUUCACGUGAAAAUCUCAGACUUGGCCACAUCCCUCUGUGGUGACAAUGAGAUGGAGCUGACCAGUGCUGUCCACUUCAUACCUUUACAGGGACUGUGCCCACCCCUCCCUGCAGACUCCUUGGCCCUGAGACUAAGAGUCAGUGGCCAUUUAUUGAGGGGCUCUGUGCUGCUCCAAGUGGGAAAACUCAUCCACGUGGGAAAACAGCGCAGACAAGCGGGUUGUGUAUUUCAAGACAAAAGGAAGCAAGUGAAUGAGUGACAGUAAAUAUUCCUGUCUAUUUAAUAUGCAAACAAAAUGUGCCUAAAUAAAGACAAUUACUCCAUUUUAAAAUAAACACCUGGCCUGCUUCGCUGGUUUAUGUUAUAUGCUUCGUUCCUGUAUCCAUUUUACACUGUUGACCUCUAGAUUCUCGAUUAUUUGGUAUUUUUGGAAAAACCUACUUUAUCUGAGUUUACCGUUGAUUAGUAUCUCCAGUUAGAGAGGUAAAAACUAUAACCCAUACCCAAACCAAUCAUUUUUACCAUAUUGUCCAAUCUUGGAAAAAAGGUUUCUUGGAAAAGGAUGUCCAAAUGAUCCAGAUGAAAUUGGAUGUGGGUUUGUUUUUUGUUUCUCUCCUCCGUGCACUGUAUGGAUCCAAGUACAUGAUGGAGGCAUUGAGAGCAGAAGCUGUGUGGAGUUUCCAAACAGUUCAAGAUCCAGAAAUGGAGUCUUUUUCAAUGGGGUCAAUUUACUAGGUAAAUGUUCUAAUCUUUUGAGAAGUCCUCAGAUUUAUAGCUUCAAAACUAACUGCAUAUAAGUUCAGUCCCUAUUGCCAAACAUCAAAGAUAGGAUAAUCCUAAAAGUCCUACAUGGACCACAAGAUUAAAGGAUUGUGCUAAGAAAGCCUUUCUUACAGGCAGAAGUUUGUUUUUAAUAGCUCACAAAAACACGACAUACUUUUCAGAUCAAAGACUACUGUUUAGAAUGAGUCCCAAUUGGGCUAUCAUUUUGUCAAGUCAACAAGGAUUAUAUUAAACAAAUUAGUAAAAUCUGGAACUGUACUUCAAAGACCAAAUAUUAUGUUCUGAAAUUCGAAUGAAAACAGUACAGGUUUUAAAAUAAGCUGCUGUAACUAAUCAGAAAGAUAUAAUUUAGAGGUAGAAAGUAUUUUAAAAGACAUUGCUGCUGCAGGACUGAUCCAUUCCAACUCUGGAGAUGUGCUCUGGCAACCACACUGGGAUCCAGGCCUGCCUCCCACUUCCCAGGGGACAUUAUGUCCUCUCACUCUGUGCUGCUUCCUGGUGACCAUUCUACCCUUGACUGCAGUCUCCAUGAUUCCUUGGUCUAAUCCGGUGUUUGGGUAUGAGCUUCCUCACCACAAAAUCUGUUCUACCUGACAUCAUCAACCUCUUGCCUUUUAUAUUCUCCAGUGAAGGAGAAAAGGAUUCCUCUUUAGGCAGCACUUUGGGCCUCCCAAUCCCCAUCCUCUGAAAGGGUGAUAGUAACUGGGAGAACAGUUCCCACUGAAAUAAACAUCAAUACUUGGUACUAUAAUACCUAGAACCAUAAUCCUAUAUAAUCUUAGGUAUGCCGAUCUUAGAAUUUAUAACUGAAAAACUUAGGGUUAUUCUAGAAUAAUUAGCUUAUAUCCCCAAAUCAAAUAUAUACAUAUUAUGGAAGCAGUAAGUGAAGCAGCUAAGUAUUAAUUUAUUUUUGGUGAUUCCUAGAUAAUUUUUUAAAGAUAUAAGACAUGCAAACACAAAGAAGAUCAGAAGUCAGAAGUCGUGAUGAGUUUUCAUUACAAAUCUUUCCUCAAUGAAUAAAUAUUCUAUUGUAGAAAUGAUACCUACCCCAGCCUUUACUGAAAGUAAAAGGUAGCAAAGCCAGUGGCAGACAAUUCCUCCUCUGUUAACUUAAAGGUAAUAUUACACUGUCAAAGGGAUAAAUUCGGGGACUUGCAUUCUUUUCCCACCAGCCAUUCUUUUAUUUGCUCUUUUCUAAAUAUGUUGGGCAGUGGCUCCCCUCUACUUUCAACCUACAAAUAAGCCAUUCCUAACUCUCUAGAUGAUCUGUGGUUCAGAUCUCACAAGUGACUAGGCCAGGUAAGCACCAGCAAUGUCACCUUCCCUUGGCUCUGCCCAGGGUGUGGAACAAACCGGAGUCCUAUGCAUGGGACAGUCCUCAGCUGACAUUCCUAAGGACCCAUCACUGGGCAAUGAAUGUCCCUCUGUCUUCUUUAAUACAGUUCUGAUUCUAGAUAAUUUGUAAUUAUUGAAGUAAAAUCACACAUCGUUUGAGCAAGGUAUCUAACCAACUGUAGUACGUAAUAUCUGUAUCAAGGAACAUGUUAGUCAAAUGCUAUCUGUCAGAAAGUAAAAGCAAGUUAUUAAAUUUAUCAGGCUUUUAAAGGCCUCAAUCCUAUUCCCAGAAUUCAAUCUUUAUCUUCAAAUGCAGUCUUCAGUGGGUGUAAUGUAACCAUGUCUUAGGUAUAAUACGGCAGAAUGGCCACUACAAUGCAUCACAGAAUAAAAUGUUUCAUUUGUUAACAACAGUAAUUCUACAUAUAGAAAACAGACUCCCAAACGUCAAAGGUUUAAAAAUUUCAUUAGAAAAAUCAUACACAAAAUAAAAAAUGUAUUUAUCAAGAAUAAUAUUUCAUUCAGCAAAUUCAUUUAAAACAUGAGUUACAGUACAGAAAGAGAAAUAAGAGCAUAAGGUCUUAUACAACUAACAGAUCUGCAAAACCAGUUCCUUAAAAACAAACACCCCACCAUAUGCUUUUAAUAAAAGGCAACUGCAGUUCCAUUUUCCAAGCUGUGGUCUUGAGGAUUCCCUGUAAUUGGUUUUACAUUAAGUUCUCUCCAUACCAAGUUUAAAGAUAUGUGUCAUUUCAUCAUCACCAAGUACUUUUUUACAUAAAAUGUUUAAAGCAAGCACUGGAUAACCAAGUGUCUCUGUUAUUUUGAUAAGGAAUAUGAAACUGCUUCAAGGUCAAUCCAAGUUCAAGUCCACACCAAAAUCCUAGCACUGGAUAUUCGUCCUUGUUAGUUUCAUGGGAAGCGUGAUUAAGAGUCAUCUGUAGCUACUGAGAUGAUGAUGAUGAGCUUUUUUUUUUUUUAAGUAUGCCAAAAUUCUCAAUUUUAUCUGAAUUUUUAAGAGUAAAAAGAAGUCUACCUCUUUUUAUUGUUUCAUCAAGAAAACGUUACAUCUCUGGCAGAAGCUUACCAUCUGUCCCAACUCUUCUAUCCAGGCUCCCGGCGGCUUCCCACGUGCUGGGACAGCAGUGGCGGGAUGCACAUUCUCUCACCUUCUGCAGGACUAAUAUCAUGUUACAGAUGCAGCCUUUUCACUGUUUACUCCAACUCUUUCUAAAAAGCAAAAGCCUUUGCAAUAAAUAGGAAUAAACUCAAGUCUCUGAAGGUGAAGGCAUUUGUGUUCGUUCGGUUCAGUUACAUGCACAUGACAGAGGGCGGAAUCACUCGUUUAUCCUGGGAAAAGUAGGCAGCGCCUGUGACAACUGCAAGGGAAGCUGGCUCAGACAGUCCUGCAGCCUAGAGAAACUAAAAGCCAAGUGCGAGCUGGAACUCAGUUCUAAGGUGAGUCUUCCAACUGAAAUUCAAAAUGAAAUAAAGAAGGGAGAGGGCCAUUAAAAGGAUCAGUGUCUUCAGAAAUUAUCGAGGUGGAAAGCCACCCCUGUGUGCUCCUCCACGGCCCCCUCUAAAGCCACCUCUUUCGCCUCGGAAGUUGGAUCGAUUUCUUUCUCGUCCACGGCCAGCAGAAGUUCCACCUCUUCCUCCACCCCUGGGAGCGCCACCUCCCCGAUCAGAUUUAGAUUUGGGAGGAGGCGAUUUUGGUCGCAGUCUCUCAAUCUCUUCUGUACAUCCAGUCAAGUAGGAAUUAGGAGCGCUGAAGUAGGAUGCAUAUGUUUCUGCAUUGUAGUUGCUAUUCGUAAGAGUUGGUCCAACUGUAAGCCAGCCUGAAAUGGAGGAAAAAAAAUUAUCCUUUUUUUUCCCCCCCAACUCUCUCUUCUCUUAUUGAUCCUUAGGGCAUAUCUCAAAUCCCCACUGUAUUCUUCAAGAUGUCCCCUAGCACACAUGCAAUACUGAUAUCUUUUACAGAACUCCUGGCACUUAAUCAUGCCCAUAUUUGAAUGAUUUCAUUCAUUCAUAUUCAUAUAUAUAUAUAAUAUGUGUAGGAAAAAACAAUAGGUAAAUCCUACUGUGCCUUUUACAUAUCACCUACUAACAUCCUGAUAACUAGAAAAGAUUAAUGAACACAUCUAUACUUAUGUGGUUGGACUACUGAAUACAUCAGAUUUUUAUUUGCUCCCUUCUGGUUUGUUGUUUUCUUGGCAUAUUUGUGGUGUUCUAGAACACAACACACAAACGAGGGGUAAGAAACAAGAAAAUACAAGGAUAUAAUAAAAAUAGCUAACAGUGCCAGCUUCAUGCUAUACUGCCUCUUACAUAAAUAAUACACGCAAAUUCUUGGGAAGUAAACUAGUUACAGAGUUUCUAAGGAACUUUUUUUUAUCCCAAAUUAUUCAUUGCAACAGUGUUUUAUUAUAAGCUUCUAAAGGUAUUACUUAAUAAUAAACAGUAAAUUUAAAAUAGCCUGGCUUCAGGCUGCAUUAAACUCCCAUAGCUAUUUUUAAAAAUUUUAAAGCAAUGGUAAAUAGCAUUCCUGAGGUAUAUGUGGUAUAGGGUGUUUUUGUUUGUUUUUUUUUCCCCAAACCAGCUACAAAAGAUCUCUUUAAAAUUUAAAAAAUCAAAGCUGUCAUUCAGAUAACUAAGAUAUGUCUGACCCAAGCCAUGGUCUUUUCAAUCACCUCAUACGCAUAUGAAAGUUGUACAGUGAAAAAGGAAGACGGAAGAAUUGAUACAUUCAAACUAUAGUGUUGGGGAAGAAUACUGAAUAAACAAAUAUUGAAGAAUAUCUGAAGAAUACUCAAGAACAAAUAAGUCUUAGAAGAAAUACAUCCAGAAUGUUCCUCAGAAGCAAGGAUGGCAAGACUUCCACUUGUUUACUUCAGACACAUCGUCAGCAAAGACCAAUCACUAGAAAAGGACAUUAUAUUUGGUAGCGGGCCAAUGAAAAUGAGGUAAAGCCUCAAUGAGAUGAGUUAACACAGUGGCCAAGACAAUGGACUCAAACAUACCAACAGUCAUUAAAAUGGCACAGGGCUAGGCAAUAUUUUGUUCUGUUAUAUAUAAGGUCACCAUGAAUCGGAGCUGACUCAACAGCAACUAACAACAAAAAAAUAUAUGAUACAACUUAGAUGACCUCCUUGAGGAAGAAGUCUGAGGACUUAACCCAACUCGACCUCUCUCAAUUGUCCCUACUAUUAUUUUAUGUAGUUAACCCCGAAAGGACCUAUAAUUUCCAAGCAGAUUUUCCUUCCUAUGUUUUAUUGUACGGCACACUAAAACAUUUUUUUGAAGAAUAGGCAACAAUGAAGAAUUGGAUGAUAAUUUCAAAGCAAAAAAUAAAAUGUGUAUUUACUAAGAUUCAUUUAACUGGUACAGAUACAGAUAGGAGAAUAUCCUCUAUGAAAAGUAUAAUUUAUAAUCUAAAGUAGGUAAGGCAGCCAUAGCUAAAUAGAGAACUUCACUGAAAACUGAGUAUUAAUUGUAACUAAAAAUUGCCAGCAAGCAAAAUCUUCAGUUUACUUGCUUCCUAUGUUUAUAUCUACAACUACACUUAACAACUAGCUCUUCUCUCAACUGUUUAGGUUCUUCUACUCAUGUUUAAAGAAAACACCUUUAAUAAAAUCAUUCAAAUAAUGCUAUGAGGCCAUCAAAAAGAUUAUAAUCAUUUAAAAUGUUGAAAAAUAUUUGACAUAAUAUUGAGUAAAAAUACAAAAUGGUGACUAUAAUAAUACAAAAAUUUGUAUGUACAGCAACUUGAAAGUAUUAUGUACAAUAUGAAAAUGAUUCUUGGUGGCAGUGAGAUUAUGAAUCUUUUUCCCUCUUCAAAAUUCUUUAAUGUUGUUACAAUGACUCUUCAAUUAUUAUAAGAUUAGCAUCUGUUUGAUGUUUGCGUUUACUCUUUGGCUAGUCUUAGUUUUGUUUUUUCUUUACGUUUUCUGCUUCCUUAAAACAGCACUUGACACUGGAGAUUGUUCCCAGAUUCAGCAGCUAUUUGGGGGCAGGACAGGUUAAUGAUGGAAGAGAAAAAUCUGUUCUUUAUUUAUUCAAACACUAGAGCCGUAUCUUAAUAUUCAAUAUAUACGGACAGCUAUGCUUCCUGAGCAAACACAUUCCUCCAGCUGAGCACUUAGAGACGUUCCUUUCCUUUAAGUCAGAGGAGAUGAACACUUGUUUGCCACAGGCGCUGCUGUCAAAAUAUUUUCAUUAUGGGGAAAGAGUGAAAUCAUCCACGGCACUUCCAAUCAAGAUGUUCAUGUGUGUUUGUAAAGGAAGUCUAAGCAGCUCGAAGUUCAUUCUGUAGCUGUAUACACACUAUGUAUAUAAUAACACACUGCAUGAAUACAUGGACAUUGAGGAAAACUGGUUUGAAAAAAAUAAGGGAAAUAUAAAGUUUAAAUAAUUGCAUUCCCACCUUUUAAAAACCAAUACACUCCUUCAAUUUAAGCUUUAAUAAUUCAAUGUUACAUGCUGCUACAAUCUCUAGAAUAACCUCCAAAGAAACAAUGAAAGAACAUUUAAUUAACAAGCUAAUAAUCCAAAAACGAAACUUGCUGCCGUUGAGUUGAUUCCGACCCACAGUGACCCUGUAGGACAGAGCGGAACUACCCCAUAUUGUUUCCAAGGAGUGACUGAUGGAUUCGAACUGCUGACCUUUUGGUUAGCAGCCACUGCUCUUAACCGCUACCAACAAACUAAUAGGAAGGAAAAAUGGAAUAAUAAAAGAAUACUUAAUUUAUCCAAAAAAGAUAAGAGAAAAAGGAACAGAGAAUAGGUGAUACCAAUGUAUAGAAUACAGUAAGAUGGUAAUUUUACUGUUUACUAUAUAUCAGGAAUUGCAUUAUAUAUAGAUGGACUAAAUGUUCCAAUUAAAAGAUACAGGUUGUCAGACUGGAUGAAAAAGCAAUCACUAAUUUUUCACAGACACCUCUUAAAUGUAAGAGUGUAGAAAGAUUGAAAGUAAAAGGAUGGAAAUAAUAUGCUAUGCAAACACAAACCAAACGAAAGCUGAAAUAGUUCUAGUAAUAUAAGAUCAAGUAGACUUCAAAGCUAAAAUCAUUGGAUAAAGAAGGAUAUUUCAUAAUAUUAAGUAAAUCUAAUUUCUAGCAUCACCAGUGAACUUAUUCAACUAGGUUAAGAAGAAAUAAUAUCAACAAAGCUGGAACCCUGGUGGUGCACUGGUUAAGAGCUCAGUUGUUCACCAAAAGGUUGGCAGUUUGAAUCCGCUAGCUGCUCCUUGGAAACCCUACAGGGCAGUUCUACUCUGCCCUGUAGUGUCACUAUGAGUUGGAAUCAACUCAACAGCAGUGUAUUUGGUUUGGUUUGGUUUUUUGCACAAAGUUUCCAAAGCAGAGUUUUAUAAGGUCCAAGUCCAAAAAAAAAAAAAAACAAAAGCCAGAUACAGAUACAAAAACCUGACAUUGAUAUUAUAAGAAUUAAAAAUCACAGAUUAGUCUUUCUCAGUAAUACAGAUGAAACAGUCUGAAGCACAAUACUAGAAAACAAAAUCAUGGACUAUAUAAAACGAUAACACAUCACAAUCAAGUUAGGUUUAUUUAAGAAAUCUUUGACAGGUUUAACAUUUGAAAAUCAAUCCAUGUAGUUCACCACAUUAGCAGAAUAAAGGCAAAAACACAUUUGGCUAUCUAUAUCAGGGGCUGGCAAACUACAGCCUACAAGCCAAAUCUAGCUCACCACCUGUUUUUACAAAGUUUCACUGGAAUACAGCCUCACUCAUUGGUUUAUGUAUUGUCGAUGAAUGCUUUCAAAUCACUGUAAUGGCAAAAUUGCACAGUAUGGCUGGCAAGCUAAAAUGUUGAAUAUGUGGCCCUUUAUAGAAUAACUCUGCCAAUCCCUGAUCUAAAUAGAUGCAGAAAAAACAUUUGAUAAAACUCAACCUCUACUCACAAUUUAAAAACAAAACAAAACUCAAAAAACUGUUAAGAAAGCUAAGACUGAAAGUUGUUAGUUGCUGUCAAACAGAUUCAAGACUAAAAAGGAACUUCUUUAUUCUGAUAAAAGGCAAUAUAAUCUACAGUAAACGUCAUGCUUAAUAGAGAAAUGCAGAGAACAAGACUGAGGCAACAAUACUUGCCAUCACCACUUGUAUUCAUCACUGUACAGGAUCCUAGCCAGUGCAACAAGGCAAAAAAAAGCAGCAAAAGGACUAAAGAUGGGAAAGGAAAAAAAUAAAACGCUUUUUUUUGUUGUUGCUGGCAGCUGGCAUGAUUAUACAGAUAUGGGGAAAAAAAAGAAUUAACAAUCAGAAUUAAUAAGUGAUUUUAGCAAGGUCAUUAUUUUUAGAAAUCCUAAAGUUAAGCUAUAGCAUUUUAAGUCAGGAGAGUGGGUUAUCUUUGGGCAGAGAAAGAUAAGAAAAGGGCAUAAGGGGUGCUGGGAAUGUUUUAUUUCUUAAACUGGAAUGGUAGCUACACAGAUGUGCUAUGCUCACUUUGUGAUACUUUGUUGAGCUAUACACAUAGGAUUGAUUUAUUUUUUUAGCAUGAAUUUUGGCAAAUUGCCAUGAGAAAUAAUAUUUACUUUUAAAUAUAGUGAACACUUUCCGUAAAGCCAAAUUACAGACUAUACAUUUCAUAUACAAAAAAAAGUCUUUGUAAAGUGACUUCAGUUUUAUUACUUUACGUAAUUUUAUGAAGGUCUCUAUGUGGUGCAAACAGUUUGCAUUCAGCUGCUAACCUAAAGGUUGGAAGAUCAAACCCAUCCAGCAGUACUGUGGAAGAAAAGGCCCAGCAUUCUGUAUCCAUUAAAAUUACAGUGAAGAAAAACUCUAUGGAGCAUUUAUACUCUAUAACACAUGGGGUCACCAUGAGUCGAAUCUGACUCGACGGCAACUAACAACAAGAAGUUUCUGUAGCAGAAAUAUUCUCAAGUUUCUGUAUUAAUCCAAGCACACCUACAAAGAAACAGCUGACAGGGAGGAGGUCAGAGAGAAUUCUGUUGUACAUACACGUUACGGAACUUCAAAGAUUACUCUUUUUAGAAUGAACAUCAGAGUUUCUUAUAAAUUCUCAUUUUGAGGAUCAAUUAUUCUACUAUAACUUCAACUUUUCUUACUAUCUUUUUAUAAAAUGUAGACUGCUUAAAAAAAGAAAGAUUCUGGAUCUUUCCAUCUUUAAAUUGUAUUUCUUACAUGGUAAGACCAAAAACAUCAAUUUUUGCUCUUUUGUUAUACUGACUGAAGCAAUAUGCAGUAUUCUACACUUACUUUUAUAGUUUCUGAGAAAGUAUACGAAAUGUACUAUAAUUUCAACACUACUUUAUAAAUCAAAGCUGUGCCAAUGAAAGAAAAUCCUAUUCCAUAAUAGCCUAAUUCUUUUCUCAUUUUUUUCAAAAUAGUAAAUUUCCAUUAUACCAAUUUAAUAAAGUUAAAAUUCUGUAAAGACAAUACAUGAAAACAAUCCAAGUUUUUCAGCUCUUAACAAAACCAAGAUACUCAACUGCAUUUCACAACUAGAUGGUUACUUUCUGUAGGAUUGUUCUAUCAUCCAUUUAUGCAUUCCUUCAUUCAGUACAGUACUUACUGAGUAAUCUAAAUGCUGGGCAUAAAAGUGAGUAAGACAGUCUUUGCCUUCCGUGAGACUGCAUGCUAGAGAGACUGACUAUAAACAUGUGCCCAGAUGAAUCUAUAAUCCAGAUAGUGGUAAGCGCUAUGAAGAAAAAUAAAAAAUAAGGGGAACGAGUGAUGGGAGGAUGGGAGUGGAGUGGGAAAUUGGCUAGUUUACCCAGGGUUGUGAGAAAACGCCUGUCCGAGAAGUGGACAUCUGAGCAGGUAUCGGAAUGAAAAGGAGAGAGAACCACGGAAGAGCACUGAGGCAAGAAUGAGCUUGGCAUAUCUGAAGUACAGCAAGAAGGGGAGUCAAACACAUCACAGGGCUUUUAUUUUCAACAGCACUUUGCCCUAUUUCUUGACACCCUUUUCCCAAGGAACCACAAAGAUUUUCUUUUUAAGUGAGGUCCUACCUGGUCGAAUUGUACUAUCUCUUCCAAAGAGAUGAAGCCGUCUUCUACCAAGACAAAAAUGUUCGAUUAUAUGAAAAAUUUCUACAGGUUUUUCUAUAUUGCCAAUUUCAGGUUCUUCUGUGAUAAUUAAGUCAAUGUCAACAUUAGCAUGAAUGAAGUCUCCGUCUGUGCUACGCUUAACAGUUCCUUUGAUCCCCAUAAGGCAGUGUUCCUAAGUAACAAUAAGAGCAGAGCAAUUAAUCUCUUUUCACAGUCUUAUUUCAUAACAUUUUACAUUACUGAUGUGCUCAAUUCCAAAACAACCCUUAUUUCUUUGAAUCUCUGAAAUAUAGUUCUAUGGGUAAAAACAGAAUAAGAAAGCCUGGAUCUCUGGAUGAGGGAAGAUUGCCAGAGGGCCUAGGAAUGAGAGUAUUAAAAUUGAGCUGUUAGAUUUCAGAACUGAGUCAGCAGUUUUCCCCUGUAACUUGUAAAUAACUUAUUUUUUACCAGUUCUGGAAACAUGGCUCUUGGCCUUGGAAUCUUGACAUGAUGCUUUAUUAGGCCGUGUAUAAUCCAAAAUCAAAAUGAUAUACUGAGGCCCAUUGCCACUGAGUCAAUUCUUAAUCCUAGUGACCCCACAGGACAGAGUAGAACUGCCCCAUAAGGUUAGCAGAUUGCAUCUUUCUCCCAUGGAGCAACCAGCUGCUGGGUUUGAACUGCCGACCUUUCAGACAGCAGCUGAGUGCUUAACCACUGCACCACCAGAGCUUCUUGAUAUAUGAGAGGGGGCAUCAAACACAGAUACAGACGUAAAAUGCUCAACAGAAGUAAAUGUAAAAAGGUAAAAAAUCAAAUAAUUUUCUGUUUUGUUUGUUUUUUAUUAAAUCUAGAUUUCUGGGAGGAGGGGAGUAAGGCAGAAGGUUAAAUAAAUCUAAUGUCUCACCUGACUACAUGAACCACUAGGACAAGAGUAGUUUUGGUUCCCUUCUGUUAUGGAUUAAAUUAUUUUCCCCAAAUAUGUGUGGUAAAUCCUAAGGUCUACGCCUGUGGUUAAAAUCCCAUUUGGGAGUGGGUUGUUUUGUUAUGUUAAUGAGACAGGAUUAGUGUAGAGUGUGUCUUGAAUCAAUCCCUUUUGAGAUAUAAAAGGGACUAAACAAGUGAAAGAAGCAGAUAUGGAGAAAGAGAGAUGCCAAGCCACCUGAAGAUCACCCAGGAGCAGACGCUCAAAGAGACAAGGACCUUCCUCCACAGGCAACAGAGAGAAAAAACCUUCUCCCAGAGCCAGUGCUCUGAACUUGGACUUCUUCCCUUCCAAACUGUGAGAAAAUAAAUCUGUUUGUUAAAGCCAUCUACUUGUAUUUCUGUUAUAGCCCCACUAGAUAACUAAGACACCUUCAACAGAAUUUACUGGUCCAAGAAAGGUUUUAUAAGAAAGACUCUCCCACCUGCGGCUUCCUAAUGAGUGGGAGACUGAAGGACUAAAACUGUUCAAGCCUGAUACUAGCAGAGGCUCUCAGGGCUUCUUGUGUAGGUCCUCAGGGUUAUGGAGUAGCAAAGAGGAGAAGGGAAGGGGCGAGAAAUAUGUCUCUAAGCUAGCUAUCAGUCUUACUGACAUCUCUUCUUCUUGGGCCUAAAGAAAGGGAAAAAAUCUGUGUAUCAGAGGUACCAAAAGUCUACGUCUGACUUAGGAUUACAGUAGUUUAAGAUGUGCAGGAAUGUAUAUUCCUCUCUCUAGCACAGUGGAGGCUUAUCUACCAUAGUGAAUAAAACAUUUUAAUAUUAAUUCAGAUAUAUUCCUGUAAUGCUUAAUGACAUUACAGAAAAGGACCUUUCCAGCAAAAUUAAUUGAAGAGUACAGUAAUUUGGGAAAGCUUGAGAGAAAUGAUAAAAAUAAAGAAAAUAAAAUAGUAAUACCUUUGUUCGCUGAAAGACAGCCUUUGGAUCUAAAGUUUUAGUCUUCCCAGGAUUGUUUUUAUUGGUUUUAAUCCAACAUAUAUCUUCACAUCUUCUGUAACCCCACUUACGUAAACACUAGAAGUGAAAGAAUUAGAAAAAAAAAAAAUUCCUUAACUUAAAGUAACCAAAAAAAAAAAAAAACCAAAACCCGGUGCCACAAUACUUAAAAUAAUCAACCAAUAUUAAAAAACUGUCCAGAUGUUUGAGAUACUAAAUUCCAAGGUAGCAAUGUAGUUUUGUUUUAGUGCAAAAAUAGAAAAGAAAUGUCAGUCUUGAAAAAUACAGCAAUUAUACAGAAAAUGAUAUAUAUCUUUUGGAUAUUAAUAAACCAAAAAAAAAAAAAAACAAACCCACUGCCAUCGAGUCAAUUCUGACUCAUACUGGACCAAUACAUACGGUUAAGUAUCAAAAUGAAAAGAGUACAUAAUGCUCCAAUUAAAGAAUUGUCAUCAACAGAAGCUGGGUUUUAAUUUUUUAAAUUAUUUUAACAGCUCUAUUGAAAUAUAUCUGGAGCCCUUGUGGUGAAAUGGUUAAGAGAUUGGAGGCUAACCAGAAGGUCAGCAGUUCAAAUCCACCAGCUGCUCUUUGGAAACACUAUAGGACAGGUUCUACUCUGUCCAGUCGGGUCACUAUGAGUGGGAAUCUACUCAAAGGCAACGGGUUUCGGUUUACUGAGACAUCAUAUAUGAAUAUAUCACAUAUCAUAUAAUUUAUCCAUUUAAAAAUAUACAAUUCAAUGACCUUUAGUAUAUUCACCAAGUUGUGCACCCAUCAUCACAAUUUUUAGAACAUUUCUACUGCUUGCAAAAGAAACCCUGCACCUCUUGGCCAUCAGCCCCACUCCCACCACAGGCAACCACUAAUCCACUUCCGUCUCUAUAAAUUUGCCUACGUGGAUAUUUCAUAUAAAUGGAAUCAUGCAAUGUAUGGUCCUUUGUGACUGGGUUUUAAACAUAAGAAAACACAUAAAAAAAAAAACAACACAGUGCUAUCGAAAACACACAGCCCCUCUAUAGUCCUAAAAUAAUCCCAAAGAUAACUUGAUUCCUCGAUUUUACAUCCUUUGACAAGAUAAAUGCUGUUGAAAUAUUUCUGAUAACUCCUUUUUAAAUGAGACAGUCCUAUAAAAUUUUCCCUUUAUAUUAAAUACUACCAACUUGAAAAAAUUCAGACUAUUGUUACGUGUAUCUCUUUACUAAACAAACAAACAAAAAAAAACCCAGUGCCGUCGAGUCGAUUCCGACUAGAGACAUAUUUUAUUGGGUAAAACUUUUAUCUUUAUAUAACUUAGAAAAUACAGAGAUUUGAACCUUAACAUUCCAUUAUAUUUAUUAUUAUUUGGUGCCGUCAAGUCGCUUCCAACUCAUAGUGACCCUAUACACUACAAAACGAAAUGCUGCCCAGUCCUGUGCCAUACUCACAAUUGUUGCUAUGUUUGAGCCCAUUGCUGCAGCCACUGUGUCAAUCCAUUUCCUUGAGGGUCUUCCUCUCUUUCACUGACCCUCUACUUUACCAAACAUGAUUUUUUUUUUUAGCAUUCUAGAAUCUGUUAUAUAUAAACAGGUGACAUACACUAGGUAACACACUCUUCUCCUUGAAAUGGCAUUUUUGAGGGCUUAUGGCUAACUAUAGGGAGUAAAACCAUGAAUAAUGCAUUAUCCUUACCUUCAGUCGAUUUUACAGUAAGGUACAAGGAAAUAAAGUGCAGAAUAAUAUUGAUGGGGCUAUAAUCAAGUGUGAAGAAUGGUACAGUAGAGCAUACAAUAUAUGCAUUUUUCAGGAAUGCUCUUAUUGUGUAAAGUGAGAUGCAUCUUAAAAUGAAACUUAGAUUUUUAUUUUAAAAUUUCAAAAAUCAAUAUUGCUAUCUGUUCCUGUUUCACACUGGAUGUUCAUUAAACAUCAUUCAGGCCUAAAUUUUACUGGCCAUAAUGCACUAAUUUGGAGCCCUGGUGGUGCAGUGGCAGUUCAAAUCCACCAGCUGCUACUUGGAAACACUAUGUGGCAGUUCUAUUCUGUCCUGUAGGGUCACUGUAAGUUGGAAUCCACUCAACAGCAAUAGGUUUUGAAUGUACUAAUUUACAAAAAAAUCAUAUAUCUCGUGCUAAAUAAUUUUUGUAAUUUUUCUUUUUAUCAAAAUCUGCUUUCACCAAUAUGAUAAACUGCAUAAACAAAUAAGAAAAAAACCUCUUAAUCAUUUUCAACCUAAUUUAGGGGGUGGGAGGAAAGACCAAAAUAUAGACUUUAGAACUAAAAAAAGUAAGUAUCAAUACACAUAUAAAUACAUACAGUGUAUUUCCUUCUCUCUACUUCUUAACUUUUCCACAGCUCCUUAGGAGCCUUCACCAAAAGAACAGAGACACCCUAGUAGAGUACAGCAGGCACAGGUCAGAGGCUUACCUUGGAGUUAAUAAAUGACAGAAGCAAUGAUGCGAUCCAACUAUCUCAAACUCGUUAUUUAUACAUAAAAUAUGUAGUGACUGUACAAUGUCACAAUUUGAGCACAAUUGCAAUAUAAUCCUACUUAAUUAUAUCUCACAUAAUCCUAAAUUCUUCACCUUUCAAAUGGACACCUGCCAAAUCAGCAUGAUUAAAUGAGGUCAUUUGUUGUAUAACACAGAACACAUUCUAAAAAUGGAAAGUAUCAUCCAAUAAGAGGUGAGGAAACUGAGAACCACAAGAAUAAGCACCUUCUUGCCCAAAAUCUGACUUGUCAACAGCAAAACCGAGAUCAAAAACUAAAGAUUCCUGACAACUAACCAUAAUGCUCCCAUUAUUCUUGGACAAAACAGCAUAUGUUGUUUUGUUUCCAUUUAGAAAUCCAAAACACUUCAAUCAAAAAAAAAAAAAAGAAAGAAAGAAAAGCUAUGAAAUAUAUUUAAAUACAAGGUACUUAAAAUAGUUGAGGUGUUACAACUUCUUUUUCUCAUUCAUUCAUUCAAACUAUAAUGUGUUUCAGAUGCUCUGUUACUUCUUCAAUUUAUUUUGGCUCCCAUUUGGAAUUCAUGAGUCAAUCCUAUCCAGAAGAAUACCUUUUAGCUACUUACAAUGGGCAGUAAAUGAUACUAAGUAGCUCCUUUAUGAUCUGCAAUUUCAAGUUUCAAAUUUCUAAACUGUUCUCUUCCUGUGGUUACAAACAAAUCCAUUUUGAAAGAGCUGCAUUCAUCCCUAGUGCUAGUUAACCAAUACCUUCCAAACAUCCUCUUCUGAAUAGAUUUUCUUUCUAGAUAUUUUACAGUUAUUUAAGAAACAAAACAAAAUGGUAUUAACCUACAAACUUAUGCAACAUACGAUUACGUUUUUUUCCUAUGAAUUUAAAA